UUUUCUUUUGCAUAAUGAGUUGUUGAUUUAAAUGUAAUUUUGUUUAAUGUCGAUGAAAUGGAUUAAUUUCUUCAAUUUCUGAUUUCUUCUAAUUUGAUAUUCACACGAAUGUUUUCAAAAUUGUUCUGAUUAACUGUUUUAUUUAUUUAUUUAUUGGAGAUUGAUGCAUUGCUGAUUGAUCUAGGGUUUUUUUUAUAUGGCAUAUAUUAUGUUCGGUUGAGAUUGUUGUUUGAUUUUUGAAUUAGGAUGCGAAUGAGCCUCGUGGUGGUGAAUUUGGAAAUAUUCUACAAUUGUGUGAUUGCAAAUAGAUGAUUUCAUGAAUUGGUCUUUGUUCAGAAUUGAUGCCAGUCUGCUUUUUUUUUGUUUCCAUUUAUAUUGACGUGUUCAUUGCAUAGAUCGAUUACAGGUAAUGGUUGGGAGAAAAGCUUUCGUUGUGGGAUUCGAUUAGCUACGGAUUCUUGGUGUUCCUGGAGGUCAUAUUGUUGCCAUGGCUGCUGGAAUUUCUUCUCCUAGGAAGAUAGAGAUAAACGGAUUUAUGGAUGUCUUGUCAUCCGCUUCAUGUGAAUGGUUCUUGAUGUUCUUGCUGUAUGUUGAUGCAGCAUUUUGGUAUCUGCUCCUAAAAUUUGCGCGCUAUUGUGAACUGGAAACACCUUGUCUGUUAUGCUCGAGGCUUGAUCAUGGUUUGGAAAAAAAGAAACAUGCAUUGUGUUGGAGCUUAUUGUGCAGUGAGCACAGAGAAGAAAUAUCUUCACUGGUGUCUUGUUCUGUCCAUUCUAGAUUUGCUACUGUUCAUAGAAUGUGUGACGAGUGUCUCACAUCGAUCGCUAUGCAGAAAAAAUCGAGUUCCCCUGUGAACAUGACCUGUUCCUGCUGCAGCAUCAUGGUGAAGUCUAAAUCUAACACUGGAAGAUUGCUACAACUUGACCCCCUUGGUUUUGGGGCUUCUAGGGAAAACAUUAGGCUGCCUCAGCCUCAUACACCAACUUCGAUUAAUUUCAGUCAUAGUGAUAGCCUAAAGAGGAUUAGAGAAAAGUACGCAGGCACGGUGGUGACAGAUCAACCAGCUCAGGGAAAUAGUGUUGAUGCUGACACAAGGUCUGCUACUGUAGCGUAUACGAAGCUAAAAUUGUCCUCUGAUUCUGAGUCUGAAUUUGCACAUUCAGAAGAUGAUGAUGAUGUUAACACUGAUAUUGAUAAAAGCCUGCACGAACCACCAUCUGAUUCCGAUGCUCUAAAGGGCCCAACGGGUCAAGGUUUUGAUGUGAAAUAUAUAGCUCUUGAUCCACCUAGUAUGAUUAAAACAAGCGAGCACAAGAAUGAGGACACGUUGUCAUCUAAUGCCAAUACAGAGCAUUUUGCGGAUCUUGAUAAGGAAGAAGUGUCUUAUUGUAAACGCAGUUCAUCUUUGACACGAAAGCUAACUUCUUCAUGUGACAGUUUCUCACCACGAGAUGGUGGUGUUGGUUAUUUUACAGAGACAUCUGAAUACAGCAUUUCUCUCCCUCACUUGCCACCCAUCUCUGUACCAUCUGAGGUAAUUUCUGUAUGCAGUGUUGCUCCAUUGUCCAAUGACACAACACCAGAAAAAGAAGACACUGGGGAAUUCAGUGAGAAUGAAGAACCAUCUGAGGCGUGUCACGCAGAAGCUACUGUAAGGACUAAUUCAGAUGAUACUCGUCUGUCAAAGAAUAACGAUACACAUCAUAUUGAUGCUUCAAUUCGUGGUUAUGAAACUCCGCAACUAUUAUCUAGGAGUGCUUUUGAACCAACUGAUACCCGUGAUUAUGCUAAAAUUGAAGAUGCGGCUGCAGUAUCCACUUCUGAUGUGGGGUUAUUGCAAGAAGAACCCAGCCAUAGAGUAGUUCAUCAUAAACAUGAUGAAUUUAGAAUAACAGAAGAUCCUUAUUCUAAGGCAGUUCUGUUUCCAGCUUCAUCACAAACUGAGGACUCCUCAUAUAUAUCUGUGGAUGAAAUCACUGUGAACGACACUGAAGGUGAAAGUGUUGUUAAUCAACUACAACGACAGAUUGAGCAUGAUCACAAUUGCCUGAAUUCUUUGUAUGAGGAACUGGAAGAAGAAAGAAAUGCUGCUUCUAUUGCAGCAGAGGAAGCAAUGGCCAUGAUUACAAGAUUACAGGAGGAGAAGGCAUCAUUACGUAUGGAAGCACUAAAUUACCUAAGGAUGAUGGAGGAGCAAGCAACAUAUGAUGCGCAGGCAUUGGAAAUGGCUACUGAUCUUCUUGCUCAAAGGGAGAAGGAAUUGCAGGACUUGGAAUAUGAGUUAGAAUCUUACAGAAAUAAUUUCCUUGAUGACCCAGAUGAAGAUGAUAUAGAAAAGACCUCAGAUCUGGAUACUCAAACUGCAGCCAAUACAGAAACAAGUCCUGGGGCUUCUAGUAAUUCCUAAUCUGACAAAAUCUUGAGAGCCUGUGGCAACUGCAAACCUAGGAGUGACUCGGUAUCAAGCUUUGAAGAUGAUAUAUAUGUAUACUCUGGAAAUGUUUGAAAGAAGUUGGAGGAGCUCCAUCAAGCUCAUUUUAGUUGAAACUUGAAUGAAAUGCCUCAUGGCCCAAGUUCUAGAAAUGCCAAUAUCAAAUUUUACUCACAACCAACAAGAACAAUUUAUAUCAUGAGAAUGAAGAGAAUACCUCUGUUGUGCAACAAUUUAUUCUGUAUCUUCUGCUAAAAAAUUGCACUCCCAACUCUCGACAGAAAAUUCAUGUCGAUGGCAAUGACCAACCAGCCAGAUCUUCAUCUGUCGAUAACAAUUUAUGCCAGAAAUGGCUCCUUUGGCACACAGAGAGCUAUCCACAACAUCUGUCAUGAUCAAUCAGAGGGGCCAAAAUGGAGAUGAUCAAGAUGUUCUGAUCGGUAAGUGUCGUCCUAAUGAUGGAUGUGAUUACAAGAAGAUUCAACGGGAUCUACUUGAACCUCCACUUAAUCUUCCCCAGAAGAUCGAAUCACGCUCCAGGGGUGGAACAUGUAUAGUCAAUGUCAUCUUCGUUUUUUUCUUUUAGUUGGAGAUUCGACUGCAGAGGUACUCGUUCUCCUUUUAAUUUUUUACAGUUUCAGGUUGAUUCUAUACUUUUGACAAACUUGUAGCGCGUAGCUGAUCAUGUAAACUGUGGAUACGAGCUUGCAAGUCCGUUCACGGCUUAGUGCAGAAUGUAGAUUGCUUACCUUAAGUAAGUUUGCAUUUGCAUUAAGCAGUUUGUUUGAGAAA